AUGUCAGAUGAAUAUGUAAAGUUGUCCAUAUUUGGGACCGCAUUCGAAGUUACGACGAGAUAUGUUGAUUUACAACCUAUCGGCAUGGGAGCAUUUGGUCUAGUAUGCUCCGCUAAAGAUCAGUGGUCAGGAAAUAGCGUAGCCAUUAAGAAGAUCAUGAAGCCAUUUAGCACUCCUGUAUUAGCGAAAAGAACUUAUCGUGAAUUGAAAUUGCUUAGGCAUUUGAAACAUGAAAAUGUCAUCGGUCUUAGUAAUAUAUUUAUCUCUCCUUCGGAAGACAUAUAUUUUGUCACCGAGUUGCUAGGGACAGAUCUACAUAGACUGUUGAUUUCUCGGCCGCUGGAAAAGCAAUUUAUUCAGUAUUUUUUCUAUCAGAUUUUGAGAGGGCUGAAAUACGUCCAUUCUGCUGGUGUGGUCCAUAGAGAUCUGAAACCCAGCAACAUACUUGUAAAUGAAAAUUGUGAUCUAAAGAUUUGUGACUUUGGGUUGGCUCGUGUUCAAGAUCCUCAAAUGACAGGAUAUGUAUCGACACGUUACUACAGAGCACCCGAGAUUAUGUUAACCUGGCAGAAGUAUGAUGUAGCAGUCGACAUAUGGAGUGCUGGUUGUAUUUUCGCUGAGAUGCUUGAAGGAAAGCCUCUCUUUCCAGGAAGGGAUCAUGUCAAUCAGUUUUCAAUUAUCACAGAAUUGUUGGGAACGCCUCCUGACGACAUUAUUCAAACAAUUGGCAGCGAGAAUACAAGGAAAUUUGUGGAUUCGUUACCAAAACGAGAAAGAGUUCCUUUUGCGCAAAAAUUCAAGAACGCGGAUGCGGAUGCGUUGGAUCUUCUGGAAAGAAUGCUUGUUUUUGAUCCUCGAAAGCGCAUUACUGCCGCAGAGGCGUUAGCACACAAAUACGUAGAACCAUAUCAUGAUGAGAGUGACGAACCAGUUGCAGAGGUGCCAUUUAAUUGGUCAUCUAUUGAAGCUGACUUGCCGGUAGAUAGCUGGAAGAGUAUGAUGUAUGCAGAAAUUUAUGAUUUCCGCAACGAGGACACCAUGUAA